CAAGAGAUGAAAGCUGAGGUGACCUGUACGUGGCAAAUCCCGAGGUGGGAUGGAAAAAAACAGCAAAAAAUGUCAUUUCAAACGCAAAUAUUGGACAAUGAGCUUAUAGGGUCUUUACAAAAUCGUCACCUGGAGGAGGAGGUUAGGGCGAAGCACAUGUUGCAAAAACGACACCUUGAAGAGCAACUAAAAGCCAAACGAGAAUUGCAAACUCGUAACUUGGAGGAGCAACUCAGGGUUAUGCAUACGUUGCAGAAGAAACAGCUGGAAGAAGAGCUUAGAGAGAAGAGAUUACUACAGGAGCGACAAAUCGAGGAAGAGCUGAGAGCCAAGGAAUCUUUACAAAAGCGUCACUUAGAGGAAGAGUUAAGUGUUAAGGAGUUAAUAUUAAAUCGUAAGCGAAUAUUAAGAAAACAGCGCUGCGAAUCGAAGAAACAAACAUCAAAACACGAGCAACCACAAAAGUUACAGGAAAAUCAGACGAAAGUUCAGCUGGAAGAAGAUAUUGAAAAAUUAGAUAAACAGCAGAGUCAAGAAAAUUUAAAAAGAGAGAAGCUGAAGGAGCUGCUAAAGCAAGAGAUACGUAAGCUGAAGCAGGAAAUACAGCUCGAGAAGUUAAAAAAAGCGAAUGACAGUGAAGAAAUACAAAAAAAAUCCAUUGUGCAUUCCAAACACAGUUUGUCGGAGGCUGAUUUUGUCAAGCAUUUACGACGCCACAUAAUCGAAGCAAAACUUCGGCGGUGCCAUGGCUAUCCAGUCGAGAGAGUCACCCACGAUGGCUGCGUGGAGAUUCACAAAUACCUACCAGACCACGUCGGCUUAUCAGAAUGUGUCACAGACAACGGUGUUACUGUUAGCAGUAGUUCUAGUUCGUUCUCGGUGAUAUCGGAAACGAUCGAUAGUAAUGUUGACGAUUUAGCGAUCCCUAACAAAGACGACAAAGAUCAAUACCACACACAGCUCGAUGAGUUCAGUACUAUUUCAAUAACAGAAAAACACAAAUCGAAAAAAGUGGUAUCGACAAGCACUAACAGCUCAUUUUCAGUGAUAUCAGACACGAAGGACGAUUUAACGAUCCUUAACAAAGGCGACAGAGAUCAAAACCAGAUACAGCUCGUUGAGUUCGGUCCAAUUCCAUGGACAGAAAAACACACAUCGCCUAGAAUGUCAUGCAGUAGCAGCUCAUUUUCAGUAAUAUCAGAAACGAAUGAUAAUAAUGUAGACGGUUUCAUCAUUCUCAAUGAGUUCUUGCGGAAAGAUUGCGUACGCUGUGGUCGACCCUUUUACGUCAAUGAAUUGGGCGAAUAUUUAAAUCGCGAAAGAUGCACUUAUCAUUGGGGCAAGCUGCACUACGCCUAUAAAGGUAAACGGGUCUACAUUCCGCAAUAUACCUGCUGUGAGGGCAACAAAGGUUCCGAAGGUUGUGCACGUCAUCCGCUACAUAUAUGGAGUGGUAUUUUAGACGGUGUAAACGGUCCCUACCAUGACUUCCUACGUACGCGUGCAUGCUGUAAGAAAACCGGCGAUGUGCCCAAAGUGUAUGCACUGCAGUGUAAAACGUGUAUCACUGGGCGCGGACUCGAGGUAACCAAGGUUAUGUUGAUGAGUUACGACGGACAAUUGGUAUAUGACCAGUAUGUACAGCCGACAACUGACAUCGUAGAUUAUUGGAUGUACUACUCGGACAAAAGUCGCACGGAUACACUUGAAAGUAGAAGUUUUAAGAGGUUGGGCGAUGUUCAACAGGAUUUGCUCGAAUUGAUCGAUGAAGAUGCCAUACUCAUUGGACACUGUUUAGAACAUGAAUUGCGUGUGUUGCGCAUUUUGCAUAACAAUAUCGUGGAUAUAGCUAUCGAAUUCGCACAUCCAUUGGGUUUGUUCCCGGGUCGGUCACUUCAGAACUUGGCUGAGAUUUAUUUAAAGCGCAGCACUCAAGGUGACAGCGAAGACAAUGAUAGUUUAGAGGAUAUGCGCAUUUGUUUAGAGCUCAUGAAGUGGAGAGUGCGAGAGGAUAAGCGUCAAACCGAAUUAAACCCAUGAA